AUACCGUACCAAUUUAUUGAUCGCUUCAAUCCUUGUCAGCCCCUGGUGGCUGGUGGUCUUCCCAGCGCCGAGGAGGCUAAAGGCUACAUCCAAGUUCGGUUUCGUACCCAUCGUUGGCUCAAACGUGUGCUUCGAUCCAACGACCCCAUCACCGUGUCUAUCGGCUGGCGUCGCUAUCAAACUGUGGGUGUAUUCUCGAAAGAGGAGCACAAUCUUCGGAAUCGAUUCCUCAAGUACUCUCUCCCUCAUGAACAUUGUCUCAUCACUAUCUACGGCCCUUUGGUUCCCGCAAAAACUGGCGUUACAUUGUUUGUCAAUUCCGCGUGGCGCCCGCAAUCAGACGCGUCCGGUCUGCCGACAUUCCGUGUUGCCGGAACCGGGAGCGUUACAGCCACAGAUCAGUCGUUUCAAAUUAUGAAGAAACUCAAGUUGAUUGGAGAGCCGUACAAAAUAUUCUCCAAGACAGCAUUUAUUCGUGGCAUGUUCAACAGUGCUCUGGAAGUUAGCAAGAUGGUUGGCGCACGAAUCCAAACGGUGUCCAACAUCCGA